AGUCCCGGCAUCCUGCGCGGCCGCCGGCGGUCGAACGCAGACGAGAGGAAUUUUUGCGAGAACAACCUCGGCUCAGUUCAGUUACUGUCCAGACUCGGGUCGGCGGGAGUUCCCCUCCAACCGUUCUUCUACUGCCCGCCCGUCAGUCUGAGCGCCCCCAGCCCUCCCGCGAGGGCGCCCCGGGACGGAAGGAUCCACCAGCCUGUCGGCGCCCGCCGUUCUCGUGGUCGCCGUCGCGGUAGUCGUUGUGAUAGUAUCCGCCGUCGCCUGGGCCAUGGCCAAUUACAUCCAUGUCCCGUCCGGCUCUCCGGAGGUCCCCAAGCUGGACGUCACGGUUCAGGAUCAGGAGGAGCAGCGCUGCCGAGAAGGGGCCCUGAGCCUCCUGCAACACCUGCGGCCGCACUGGGACCCUCAGGAGGUGACUCUGCAGCUCUUCACGGAUGGAAUCACAAACAAACUUAUUGGCUGUUAUGUGGGCAACACAAUGGAGGAUGUUGUCCUGGUGCGAAUUUACGGCAAUAAGACUGAAUUGCUAGUUGAUCGAGAUGAGGAAGUGAAGAGUUUCCGAGUGUUACAGGCCCACGGCUGUGCACCACAACUCUACUGUACUUUCAAUAAUGGACUGUGCUAUGAAUUUAUACAGGGAGAAGCAUUGGAUCCAAAGCAUGUCCGCAACCCUGCCAUUUUCAGGCUAAUAGCGCGCCAGCUUGCUAAAAUUCAUGCUAUCCAUGCACACAAUGGCUGGAUUCCCAAAUCUAAUCUGUGGCUCAAGAUGGGGAAGUACUUCUCUCUCAUUCCCACAGGAUUUGCAGAUGAAGAUCUUAAUAAAAGGUUCCUAAGUGAUAUCCCAAGCUCUCAGAUUCUUCAGGAAGAGAUGACUUGGAUGAAGGAGAUUCUUUCCAACCUGGGCUCACCUGUUGUGCUUUGCCAUAAUGACCUACUGUGUAAGAAUAUAAUCUACAAUGAGAAACAAGGUAAUGUACAGUUCAUUGAUUAUGAAUACUCUGGAUACAACUACCUGGCAUAUGAUAUUGGAAAUCAUUUCAAUGAAUUUGCAGGUGUGAGUGACGUAGACUACAGUCUCUAUCCAGGUAGAGAACUACAGAGCCAGUGGCUGCGUUCUUACCUUGAAGCCUACAAAGAAUAUAAAGGUUUUGGGACUGAAGUUACUGAAAAGGAGGUAGAAAUACUCUUCAUUCAAGUUAAUCAGUUUGCAUUGGCUUCUCAUUUCUUUUGGGGACUGUGGGCUUUGAUUCAAGCCAAAUAUUCCACAAUUGAGUUUGAUUUCCUUGGGUAUGCAAUUGUUCGUUUUAACCAAUAUUUUAAAAUGAAGCCGGAGGUUACUGCAUUAAAAAUCCCUGAGUAAAGAUGUAAUUACUCUCAAGUAGCUGAACAGUGCUUGUGAAUUUUUUCUUAAGAAAUUCCAUAAAGCCAAUUAUUUGUUAAAAUUCUGUAAUUUAAUUUGGAUAUCUUGCUUUACAAAUUAUGCGUCUGUCAACCAAUCUGUUUUUUUUAAAUAGACUGGUGUCAAAAAAUAGACCUACUGUUAUCAGUACGUGGUAGAUUGGAAAUUUAUUAAAUCUACCAAAAGGUAUAAAGAUGUCAGCUCAGUCUUUUUUUGAUAAUCUGUUAUAUGUGAAUUAUUUAUUAUAAAUGUAACAUGAGUCUUUGAUUGCUUUCAUGUGUUUCAUCUGUUAAAUUUGUAAGCAAUGAAAAUGUUCCAGAGUGAAUUUUGGUUUUAAUUUUAGACGUUCUAGAUGUUCAUUGUAAUGUUUUGAUCUUGAUGCACUGUAAGUAAAAUGGAUCAUUUAGUCUUGAAAUGCCAGACACUGGUAUAGAUAACUUAGGGUGUUCAUUGAAAAACAUCUAUUUGGGAGGAUGAAAUGCAUUCACUGUCUAUGGUAGUGGUAUACCUUUUUGAAUUGAAUAUUGGAAACUCUCUUUUGGGGGAAUAUACCUUAGAAUUAGACUGUCAUCUCCUUACAUAGUUUGGCAUAUAAAUGUUAAUAUUUACUAUGUAAUCCUGGAGUAGGUAUGAUGAUUUUGUUACCAAAAAUCUGGAUUCAUUAAUGUUUUCAUGUACUCAAUGUGGUCAUUUAAGUUACUAGUUUUGUUUUUAAGAUUUUAGUGUAUCAAAUUGUUUUUAACCAAAAGUUUUAUUUUACUUAUUGAGAUGUUUUAUGUAUUUGUUAUUAAAUAAUAGCUAGUAGAAGAAUUGCUGAUUUUUGAAACAAAGGUAGAAAGAAUGUUUAUCAUACUUGGGAACAAGAAAAUGUCAUUGAGACUAAUUUUUUACCCCUAUAGAUUAAUUUUUCACAUUUUGGUUUCAUGUUUUACUUUGGCUCCAUGUCUUCAAAAUAGCAAAUAGUUGCUUGAUACAUGUAGGUUCAGAGAAAUAAAUUGAGGUGGUUGAUAGAAUUAAAUAAGGAACAUUUAAGGCAUUGAUAUUGUACACUUAAAGUCUGAUAUAACAAAAUGUGAAUUAAGCAGAAAUACUUCUCCGUUAGUUUUGAUUUCUCUUGAUUUUGUUUGUAUAUUUUUUAUUUUGUUUUUGGGUGAAAGUAUGGUGAUUAUUAUAUGGAAGAAAGUUAGAUCUUUGAGAUAAGUGGGGUCAAGCUUUGAAGACUGCUGUUUGGGGUUGAGUAGCCAUGGUUGUUUUCACUUAGAAAAUUAGUCUGACAAGCUUUUCACUUUGGUCACAUAAGUGCCCAUGUACAAAGUUGGCUUAAUGGAUCUGCAUAUUCAGAAUAUGCAACUACAAAUUUAUCCUCUGAGAAAUCA